AUGUCUCCGCGGAUCACCUUUGCGGAAGAGACCAUCCAGGACCUUCCUGUGCCCCCGCAAGAACGAGGGUUUCCCAGCUUGGGGAACAUGGGAGAACUGCUGGAAUCUUUUCCAUUGCCAUCGUCGGAGCGUCUGGACGCAGCCCACCACCAGCAGCGCCAGGAUGGAGGAAACGAGAGCGUGAAACUGGCCUGGCAUGACAGCUUCUCCGUUGCAUCGAUGAGAGUAUCAGAAAUGUUGGAGCCCAGGGAGUUGCCGAAGUAG